CCGUGUACAAUGUUGUACUAUAUUUGAUUCUAUACCGGGCACAGUCGUCGCGUACGGACCGCAACGCACACACGCACACACCCCGCAAAGCGGCCGCCGCAGCAACAGUACCAGCAACAGAUAUCAAAAACCGGACAUCGAGACACGACACGUGUUCCGCCGGCACGUUAGAUCGGUUCCGUUUACCCGGUGACUCGCACUGUUGAACAGUCGAAGUGGACAGUUAUUUACAAAAUAAUACCACGAAUUAACUUUGUUCAAAAGUCGCCGUCGACUCGUCACUAAAAUACACGUUAAUAGUAAUCAAUUAUCGUUGAUAAACUAAACAAACAAACAAUAGUGGUGUGGUGUGCACGCGUCCAACGAUUUAGGGCCGCAGCGAUUCGGCUGCUCGACACGACGACCUGCCCAAAAUGACAAAUCCGCCGGCAACCGUAAUCAAAAAUCCAACAUGGUGGAGAAGGAGAACCCACUUGGAACGUAACCUUACCGUCUUGGCGGGCUGCACGAUUCUAGCGUCGUUGUUCCUAGCCCUAGCCUUGUCCACGCUCUACUUCAACCACGGCUGUAACAUGGAGAAUCUCCCGUCGAUAACUCCCGAGAACAACGCUUUGAUUGGCAAGGCUAGAGGCAGAAGCCUGUUUCAAACCAGGGAACAAGAAAAAGACAAUAUUUGCCUUACUCCGGGCUGCGUGAAAGCCGCCUCUGCCGUUAUCAACAAUAUGGACCCGUCGGUGGAUCCUUGCGAUGACUUCUACGAGUUUUCGUGCGGUAACUUCAUCAAAGAAACGAUCAUAGACGACGACAAAACGUCACACACCACGUUCAGCGCUAUUAGCGAUUCGCUUUUGAACAAACUCCGGUUGAUCGUCACCGAACCCAUCAAGAACAACGAACCGAAACCGUUCAGAAUGGCGAAACUCCUGUACAAAUCUUGCAUGGACAAAGAUAAAAUCGAAAAGCAAGGUUUGGGUCCGAUCAAAAAUAUGCUGAAGAGUCUCGGUGGCUGGCCGGUGCUUGAAGGCGAUUCGUGGAACGGAUCGGGUUUCACGUGGAAGGACAGCGUUUACAAAUUCAGGACAGCCGGUUACAGCGUUGACUAUUUUAUUGACUUUUCUAUCAGCACCGACUUGAAGAACACCACUUCUAGAGCUAUUGAUCUGGAUCAAGCUUCUUUGGGAUUGAGCCGGGAAUACUUGGUCAAAGGGCUGGACGAGAAAAUCGUAGCUGCUUAUUAUAGGUAUAUGGUAGACAUUGCCGUGCUGUUUGGCGCCGACCGACAAAGAGCCACCAGGGAACUUAGGGAGUCGUUAGAUUUCGAAAUCGGGUUGGCUAAAAUAUCUCUGCCCUUGGAAGAACGCAGGGACGCGGCCAAGCUGUACAACCCCAUGUACAUUUCUACACUCCAACAGAGAUUUCCCAGCAUUCCGUGGAACGAGUACAUGAACACGCUAUUGAGACCGUUGUCUAUUCGCGACAACGACAUUAUCAUUGUUAAUUCGCCGAGAUACUUGACCGACCUCGAAGCAAUAUUGAGCACUACGCCUAAAAGGAUUCAGGCUAACUACGUAUUAUGGAGAGCAGCGGCUGCGUCUGUUAGUUAUUUGACGGAAGAACUGCGGAAAAGACAAUUGGAUUACAGCACAGAACUGUCCGGCAGGACUGAAAGAGAGCCCAGAUGGAAGGAGUGUGUGGACAUAAGCUCGGGAAGUUUUUCAUUGGCUAUCGGUUCCUUAUAUGUGAGACGUUUUUUCCACGAAGACGCCAAAAAGAACGCUUUAGAAAUGGUAACGGGCAUCCGAGAAGAGAUGUUAAAGAUUUUGUCGACAAUAGAAUGGAUGGACGAAAACACUAGGAAAAACGCGUUAGAUAAAGCAAAAUCAAUGACUUCUCACAUCGCGUAUCCUGAUGAACUUUUGGACGACAAAAAACUAGUCGAGUUUUAUGGAGAUGUAAGCACAACAUUGUUAUCUUCUUUUUUUUUUUUUUUGACCUACCUUGAUAAUAAAUUCAAUGUAUUUGUAUUAUUAAAGCUUGAUAUCACCGACGAGGAUUAUUACACUUCCGUUUUGAACCUUACCAAAUUUGGUACGGACUACAGUUUCUCGAGACUUAGACAGCCGGUCAACAAAUCAGACUGGAUUACACACAGCCGAACUGCUAUCGUUAAUGCUUUUUACAGCGCUAUUGAAAACAGCAUCCAAUUUCCGGCUGGUAUUUUGCAAGGAGCAUUCUUUUCAAGUGAUCGUCCACGGUACAUGAACUACGGCGCCAUCGGAUUCGUAAUUGGUCAUGAGAUAACUCACGGUUUUGACGAUCAAGGUAGACAAUUCGACAAGGAAGGUAACUUGGUAGACUGGUGGGCCGAAGAGACAAAAAAACGUUAUCUGGAAAAGGCGUCGUGCAUCAUCAAGCAGUACGGGAAUUACACGGCUGAAGAAGUCGGCUUGAAGCUCAACGGAAUCAAUACCCAAGGUGAAAAUAUUGCCGACAAUGGAGGAGUGAAAGAAGCGUAUUACGCGUACAACGUGUGGACUAAACGACACGGUAUCGAGCCCCGUCUUCCAGGACUUCAGGACUACACUCCACAACAGAUGUUCUGGAUUAGCGCCGCUAACGUGUGGUGUUCCAAGUACAGACCGGAAACGCUUAAGAACCGCAUCACGACGGGCUUCCAUUCUCCCGGUCGGUUCCGCAUCAUUGGGCCGUUUUCGAACCUGGAAGACUUCGCCCAUGACUUCAAAUGUCCACUGGGCACCAAAAUGAACCCGGUAAACAAGUGCCAGGUGUGGUGAUCGGACUGCGUUGCAAUACUUUUUUUUUUUUUAUACACCUAAGUACAACCACAUCGCCAUCCCGUCCACCAUCAAGCGUGAGCGCCAUCCCGUCCCAAGACGUCACGGCACGGCUGAAUCGGAUCCACCAUUAUGUCGGUCGCCGGCUCACAGCGAGGCAACGCAUAUUGAGAUUCAAUAGGGACAACCUUUUAAAAUGUAAUUAUAUGUUUUACUCAGUUGAUAAUGUAACGCAACGUUACUAAAUCGGACCUAUCCGAUCUCGGUAUCCCUCUCUCGUGCGAGCAUUAUCUGUGGUAAAAAUUAUUUAUUUAUAUUUACAUACACGAUUAUUUUAUUAUUA